AUGCUAGUUAUUGGAGGUGAUCACAGAAGAUUUAAGUCAUAGUCAAAUGCAGGUGGAGUGAAGAAUCACAGUACUUUAAAUCAUACUGCAAUAAUUACAAAUCUUAAUGAUUCGGUCAAUCAUGGACCAAUCAGCAUUGGCUCGCGAAUGACACCUUAAAUGAAACUAGAAAGAUCUUUUGACUAAAGAAGAAUGUCUGCAAGACUCUUGCAAAUAUCAUAAUAAAGUAAGAAUAAAAGCAAAUAUCACCCAUUUUAUUAAACUUGUUCAUUAACCUCUGUUUUAGUAAAUACUAUACCUGUAUCAGAUGUAGUCAAAGCAUACAAGAAAAAGAAAAGUUUAUGGGGAAUUGACGGCUAUGAUUUUCCAAUUUUUGAUGCUAAUUUUGACAAAGUUCGCACUCAUAAAAUUGUAAACAAUGGGAAGAAGAACUUCAUUGAUCAAUAUGUGAAACUGAAAUCUAUUGUCCCCGCACCAGUAGAGUAUAAUACCUCAGGAAAUAUUAUUAAUCCUAAGAAAGGCUCGAAUAUGGCGAAGGGAAAGCGAAUGACUUUAAUAGAUGAUGUUAUCCGUGAGAAUGAAAAGAAUAUAAAGCCAGGACCUGGCGAAUACGUCGAUUAAACUAAAAUCAAAUAUGCUGGAGCAUUUAACUUAAAGGACGAAAGAACACCCUGUUUCAUUGAUGAAGCCACUUAUUUAGCUACAUAAACUCCUGGUUACUAUGAAUCAAAGUAUGACAUAGUAUAAAGUAAAACAUUGACGACUAAAAUCACUCCAGCAAAGGGACCUAAAGGUGAAAGAUUUAUUUUGGAAAAAGACAAUUCCCCUUCACCAGUAACUUAUGAUGCUGAAAAAUCACAUAAAGAGACUUAACUUAAAAAGCCGAAGUUCUUGAUAACUAAGUCGAAAAUUGUUAAUUUUGUAGACGAAGCUGUCAAAGCAAAGAGCAUAGUCCCCGGUGUUGGAAUAUAUAACCCUGAUAAUGCUUACGGUAAGAUAAGCAAAGGAGUUUCUUCAAGAAGAAGAUGA